AGAGAUGAGCAAAGGAAGAAGAUGGAGAUAGGGCAAAGUAGAAGAGAAGGGGAAAAUUUUUUUUCUUUAAAAAUUCCUUUAAAUGAUUUUAAUUUAGAGAUUUAUGUUUUUAAAGUCAAAUUACAAAAUAAAAAUGCAGUUUAAACACUAAAUUUACUAAAAUAAUAGGAGGGACAGGGGGAUCGGAAAACUUUUGAAAGCGGCCUUCCUCCUCUCUAUUUGAGUGCUGGACCCUCUGAAAGAUCUUCACCUAAACAUCACUUCUUGCUGCUCAGAACAAGAGAGUUUGUGGGAUGUGGGUUUGGAAGCAAAGAAGGAAAGGAAUACGCCAUACCCAUUUCCCCCUCUAGUUCUACAUUGCUAUCUACACGUGGAAAAAUACACAUUAUCCUCUAUUUUUCUCGAUUGCUUGUUAUUCAGUAGCCACCCGUAAUCUACUCUUUUUUUUUUUUGUUGGGUUUUGAGUGUGGAGGAAGAAGGGAGGGGACGAGUAGAGGGAAAGAUUUGUUUUUGUGGACAGCUUGAAGCAACGACUUUCGAACUCGAUUUCUGCAUUGGGAAAUUUUACAAUGAAGAUGGGAUCUACGCCGUCGUGUCAUUAGAUUUGAUUUGAAUGUCUGCUAGGGUUUUUCUGUCUGCAGUUCCGUUUCCGCCAUGACUACCAAACGUGCUUAUAAACUCCAGGAAUUUGUGGCACAUUCCUCUAGUGUCAAUUGCCUCAAGAUUGGGAGGAAAUCUUCAAGGGUUCUUGCGACUGGAGGAGAAGACCAUAAAGUCAAUCUCUGGGCUAUUGGUAAACCAAAUGCCUUACUGAGUUUGUCAGGACACACAAGUGGAAUAGAUUCUGUGAGCUUUGAUUCCUCAGAAGUCUUGGUAGCAGCAGGUGCUGCUAGUGGUACAAUCAAGCUUUGGGAUUUGGAGGAGGCAAAAAUUGUUCGUACUCUGACUGGUCAUAGAUCCAAUUGUAUAUCUGUGGAUUUCCACCCAUUUGGAGAGUUCUUUGCAUCUGGCUCUCUUGACACAAAUCUCAACAUAUGGGAUAUCAGAAAAAAAGGGUGUAUCCACACUUACAAGGGCCAUACUCGAGGUGUCAAUGCAAUUAGAUUUACUCCAGAUGGCCGAUGGGUUGUAUCUGGUGGAGAGGACAACAUUGUAAAGGUCAGCAUUGUUUUCCUAUGGUUUAUGGUGUUUGUGGUGUUUGCCUUUGUUCGUACUCUGACUGGUCAUAGAUCCAAUUGUAUAUCUGUGGAUUUCCACCCAUUUGGAGAGUUCUUUGCAUCUGGCUCUCUUGACACAAAUCUCAAGAUAUGGGAUAUCAGAAAAAAAGGGUGUAUCCACACUUACAAGGGCCAUACUCGAGGUGUCAAUGCAAUUAGAUUUACUCCCGAUGGCCGAUGGGUUGUAUCUGGUGGAGAGGACAACAUUGUAAAGGUAUGGGAUUUGACUGCUGGAAAGUUGCUGCACGAUUUCAAGUGUCAUGAGGGCCAGAUUCAGUGCAUAGAUUUUCAUCCCCAUGAGUUUCUGUUGGCAACAGGUUCAGCUGAUCGCACUGUUAAAUUUUGGGACCUUGAAACAUUUGAGUUAAUUGGUUCUGCUGGGCCUGAGACCACUGGAGUGCGUUGUUUGACCUUUAAUCCUGAUGGAAGGACUUUGCUUUGUGGAUUGCAUGAAAGCCUGAAGGUUUUCUCAUGGGAGCCAAUACAAUGCCAUGAUGCUGUUGAUGUUGGAUGGUCAAGAUUGUCUGAUCUUAAUGUUCAUGAGGGAAAGCUUCUUGGUUGCUCAUAUAAUCAAAGCUGUGUGGGAGUAUGGGUUGCAGACAUCUUGCGCAUAGAUCCAUAUACAGUUGGUAAAGUUACCCGUUUGAAUGGGCACUCAGAACCUAAAUCAGCCCCAAGUGGAAACCUCACCGUAUUGAAUGAGAACACAGCAAAAGCUAGUUCAGGAAGAGUGUCUGUUUCACAAAACUCAGAUCCUUUAAUGAAGGAGACAAAAUCUCUUGGAAGGUUAUCCAUUUCACAAAAUUCAGAUCCUGCUAAGGAGCCAAAAGCCACAGGAAAUGUACCUGGAACUCCUCAGAAAGUCAAUUUGAAUACAGCUCCAAAGACAAUGGUGCCUGGUUCAACAGUAAUUUCUAAUACAACAGCCUCAAAAAGGAACUCUUCAAGGGCUAACUCAGCUGUCAAUGUGCCUAUUUUUAACAAGGCAGAUGUCAUACCUGUGAUUGUGCCUAGAACAGAUACAAGGCUGGAGCAGGCAGCUGAAUCCAGAAGGGAAGUUGGAAUUGUGGGGGUAUCACUGGAGCAGGCAGCUGAAUCCAGAAAAGACACUGGGAUUGUGGGAAGAACUUUGGAGCUGGCAUCUGAAUCCAGAAAAGAACUCAGUAUUGUUGGAAGAACAAUGCCAUUCUCUCUGCAGUCAAAGGCAUCUAACUUCCGAAAGUUUACAAAUAGCAGGGAAGACAUGGACCAGCCAACUGUAUCUGUUCCCUUGGAGACCACAGGUGCUAAGGCUACUGAAUUGAGCAGUGCUCCAGAUAGGAGUAGAUUUCCUGCAGUUAAAAGCACAAUUCAAGGGACAUCUGAUGCUGAAAGGGGCAUGGUAGAUGAUAAGUGUAUUGGCUCUGGCAAGAAUGAAGUGAACUCAGUGAUGGAUUUUCCUGCAGGCUACAGGGAUGAAAGUUAUGAGACUUGGGGCCAUAGAGCAAACAGAGAUGUGUAUCCAAUGGAAAGUCAGAGAGGAAGACGUUCAGUUACUAUAAAUUGGGAGAGAAGAGGGAGAUCUUCUAAUUAUGAGGGGUCUACUGCAAGCAUCUCCCUUGGGAAUGCAUCUGGAGUCAACAUGCCUCCCUUUAGUGCACUUAAACAGAGAGGAUAUCCUUCAUCUACUGAAAAGCAAAUGCCUUCAGCUAGUGAUGAAGAUGCUAUUGCAGAUUUAAUGGAGCAACAUGAUCAAUUUUCUGGUUUUAUGCAGUCUCGUCUAGUCAAGUUACAGGCAGUUUAUAGAUAUUGGGAAAGGAAUGACAUGAAGGGGGCUAUUAGUGCAAUGGAGAAGAUGGCGGAUCAUGCUGUCCUUGCUGACAUAAUAAGUACUGUGACUGAGAAAAUGGAUAUUGUCACAUUGGAUAUUUGUACAUGCCUUCUGCCACUUCUGACUGGGCUCCUCGGUAGCAACAUGGAUAGGCAUUUAAGCAUCUCUCUGGACAUGCUCCUCAAGCUGGUCAGAACAUUUGGUUCAAUGAUAUAUUCAUCAUUAUCUGCACCAGCAUCUGUUGGUGUAGAUAUUGAGGCAGAGCAAAGGUUGGAGCGCUACAAUCUUUGCUUUAUAGAACUUGAAAAAGUCAAACAAUGCCUGCCUGCUCUUAUGAGAAGAGGAGGAUCAGUUGCGAAAUCUGCACAGGAGUUAAAUUUAGCACUUCAAGAAGUUUCAUGACUGGAAUCAAAACUUAGAGAAGGUGUGUAACUUAUUGCGUGAUUAAGUUCUUAAUGUUGCAUUCGGAGGUCAAUGCUAGGCUUGGCAUUUUUCAAGAAACCUAUGGGACAUGCAACAUCCAAUACGUUGGUGCCUAUUAACUUGUCUGUUCCUGCUGCUACUUUGUAUAUUACUACUUAAUAGUAAGCAGAGGCAUUUAACUGCAAGCUGAUUAUACUAAAUUAACCGAACCUGAACCCUAUUGAGAUUGGGGUGUCUGCUGCCGGUUGCUAUUUUUUUUUUCCUUACCAUCUUUCAGUUACAUGAUGAAAGAGUAUCUCCCUCAUGAUACACACUAACCAUAUAUUGCAUUAUUUGUACCUUUGUGACGAUUUUUUUUAUUAAAUGUAAUAUAUAUUUCUUUUUAUU